CCGGCGCCUAAGGGAUCCCACCCUGUGUAUCCCCUUCUGAAUCAUCCUUGACUUUCGGAGGGCGAGGACACAGAUUCGCUAGUCGGUUUCGACUUCUCUGCGGUGACCCGGUCCCGAAGUUCAUCGAUUGCGACUAGACUAUGGGCGGAGAACGUCUGAGGGGCGGAAGGCUCUUCAAGAGGGACUUGGAUGAGCUCGUAUACGCCACCACGAACGGCGUACAGACUCACCGCAUGGGUGUUACCGAUGUCGAGGUUGAUGAUUCAGAUGGUACGACCACCAUAAUCUUUCUGAUACAAAAGGAGGACGAGACGCCCUUGGUUAGAGUUCGCCUGCUCGUCUCCGAUGUGGCGGAAUAUCCUGACGCACACCUGUGGUUUGCCUCCUCCGACGAUGACGACGUAUCUCUCGAGAUGGCGCGCGUCUUGGAAGGGGUGGUUGGGUACGGCUCUAAGCGUCUCGCCAACGUUGUCGGACUUGUACUCGCCGAUUCGUCUCGAGCCACCACUUCUGGUGCAGUUUAUGAGCGACCACCCGUGAACGCAUGCUAUGAUAAGGAAGAAGGCGAGGAUGAAGACGAAGACGAGGACGAAGACGAGGACGAAGACGAGGACGAGGACGAAGACGGUGACGUGAGCGACGACGAGGACGAACACCCAUGGGUCUCAACAAGUGAUGAUUUGGGAGAUGUCACAUCAGGUCUUGCUCUGUUAAGCUCAAACUGUACAUCCCGGCAGCCCGAUAGCGAACCUUCUCUCUCGACCCAGUCCAUAAUCGGUCUUACCAUGACACUGGUCCCACAUACUCGGUCGAAAGGCAAAGAACGCGCCGACGGCGAACGGCCCCGGCCAUGCCCUUGGCUUGGCCUCCGCCGCUCCCCGCGGACGAUCACUCUCCCCACCGAGAUCCUCGUCCACAUCCUCAGUUUCGUGGCGGUGUCGUCUCCGCAUAUGGGCGCUACCCUUUGCCUCGUUGCUCACUGGGUUCGCGAGCUCGCCGAGCCACGCCUGCGGCUUGAGCACAUCGUCCUCGAUUCCAAGGUCCCUGUGCGCAUCCGCAGCCUCCGCGCCGAGAUUCUCGAAGACGCGCGACGGCGGCGACCCUCCGGCGCGGUCCCGUGGGGCAGACCGAACCACGUUCGUGGAAUCUGUAUUCCCGAAUCUAGGCUCGGACAAACGCGCUUUAGCUUUCUCAAAGCCGCGCUCCGCGUCUGUCCCAACCUCGCUGACUUCGCCCUGCACGAGGCCUGGCUCCCUCACUUCUCCGAGUUCCUCGCGGACAAACUCACAAUCGUCCCCAAAGAGGCGCCGCUGCGGCUCACGCUGUUCCCGCCCUCCCUUGCCGAACCCCGUUUCUUCCCCGCCGGCGUGCGCGGGCUGGGAGAUCUGUACGCGCGCGUGACGCAUUUGCGCGUGAUGUCCCUGCGCGUGCUCUGGACGCUCGACCUCCCGCUGAUUCCCAACCUCACCCGCAUCGCCGUGCCGCACCUCAUUCCCGGCCUCGAAAUGCACCACACCUUAGCCGACCUGCUCUCGCUUCGCUCACUCGAGAUGCUCGUGCUCGUCUUCAGCUGCGAGGACCCGCCGCUUAGGUACCCGAAGAAGGAGACGGACCGCGCGGAGGCCCAUGUCAUUGAUAGGCGCUUGAAGCACGGAGACAGGCGGUGGUUUGUGAUGCGCACGGGUCCGGUCAAGAAUGCUGUGGAGAACGCGGUGAAGGAGUGGAGAGAAGGGUUCGAGGAUGGGGUAGAUAUAUGGAAGCGGGCUGAGCGAGAGACAGCCGCUCUUGUAGAGGAGUACUUAAUCAGGUCUGCGUAGGUUGUUUCGCUGAACAUUGUGAAACGAUGAUGCACUUGCGUUCACUGUAUGAUAUGGACAUGUCCAUUCGUUGAACUUGUUGCAACUG